GAAUCAUUCCUAUGGAAAACAUGAAGAACAUCUACAUUCUUGUCCCCCUGCUGCUCCUCCUUCCUCCCGUGUGUGGGGGGUUGUUAGGCCUGACAACUGAGAACUUUAUACAUUACGAUGACAGAAAGUCCUGGCAAGAUGCACUGGACUACUGCAGAGAGCAAAACUCCAACCUGGUCAUCAUCGAGGAUGAAGAAGUGAAUCAGGACUUUCUUGGUGUCUGGGGCAGUAGCUCAACCAAAAAGCAGGGCUGGAUCGGUUUGUACAGAAAUGAUUCAGGCCAAUGGAAAUGGUCCAGAGGAGACAUGGUAGCCACUUUCUUCUCCUGGGACAAUGAUGAGCCAAAAGAUGGUCAGAACUGUGCUGUUAAGUACCCUGAUAACAAGAAAUGGAAAACCAAUUACUGUGAAGUCCAACAUUCUUUCAUGUGUUACAACGAGCCGCUGGUUCUGGUGAAAGAGAAGAAGACGUGGGAGGAGGCAUUAAAACACUGCAGGUCUCUGGAGCCGGUGGACCCAAGUCGGCCAGCCACUGCCUACCAGAACUACCGCUAUGACCUGGCCACCCUGCUCACUCAAGAAGACCACGACAUUGCACGAAAGAAAGCCCAACGGGCUACCACUGCUGAGGUGUGGACGGGCCUGCAUUACCUGGCUGGCCACUGGGUCUGGGUGGGUGGAGGAGGAGACGUGCAGUACAACAAUACUGAAGGUUGCCCAACUCAGAGGUUCUGUGGCGUCCUGCUGAAGACCGGCUCCACACUCUUCGAUACAAGGGACUGUGGAGAGAGCAAGAACUUCCUCUGUUACAGGAAGCCUUAAAGACAUCUUUCCCAACAGAAACUUAAAAAGUCUGCUUCUUCCUCCACGUUUCAUGUUUCAGUUCUGUGAUUGCUGUAAACUUUCUCAACAAAGUCAGUGGAUUGUACAUUUAAUAACCUUAACUUUCAGUACUUUUUUCAUGUACAUGAAGUUGUCUUAUAAUUAUAUAUAAUUAAAUAAUUCAUUUUUAACUAAAUAUAAUGUACCAAUAUUAAAAUCUAUUGUUAAAUAUUGAGAAAUUAGUUGAAAAUUUGUCUUGAAUAUAUUUACAUAUUUACAACAUUCAGGUCACUUAGGGAUUAUUUAAUGUAAAUACUGUUAACAAUGUCAUUCAAUGUUAUGUAUGUUCAGUAUAUUUACACAAAAACAGUAGGACUCAUGUGUUUCAGCUCAUAACAGUCACUUAACAAUCACUCACAACCAGGUAUUUCAAAAGUAUCAACAGAACAAAAGAACUUGAAGUUCACCGGAGUGUAUUACAAGGACUCAAUACUUGAACUCGCUUGCGUGUUCACGUUGAGGGUCCGCCACAGUGAGUGCCACGCAAAACCAAUGAGGGCGGAGUGGUAGUGGGUUAUGAAGCCCUCCGAUGCUAAGUGAGCACCGAUGCUGACAUGUUAAAGUGUGUCACACUCUUUGCUGCACGAUGGAGGACCUUUCUUUCAAUGUGAGGUCCGUGUUACUACGCCCGUAAACAUGUAAGAUUUUUAAAUUCCCAACCUACACUAACAUUUCUAUUUCACCAUACACAGGUUAACAGUGCAGCCUCAUGGUUUUAUUGUACAUAAAACGAUAGAAUAACAGAACAUUACACACCUAGGGGUAUCACGUAACAAGCAACAAAGGCAUUUAGCCCACACGUUUUAACUGU